AUGGACGAAAACAAAUGUCAUAUACAUCAUCAGGUUACCCAAAUUGUUUUCAUGGCAGCUACUGCUAUAGGGACCCGCGGGACUACGUUACUAACCAAUCAAACUGGCGGAUGCCCUGGCGGUCUGGGCAAAAGCUAUCCGUUCAAUCCUGCAAGUGAGCAGAACGGUUCAAUAAAAAGCUUACUGACAGGACUGAUCUUCUGGGUUCCCAUUAUGCAUUCCAUGCGACCAAAGAUACCUCAAAAGUCGGAGCAGCAGGUCCAAGUGUCCUACCACCAAGAGGCUACUACUCUUUUACAAUAUUUGGGGAAAGACCAGCAUCCUGAUUAUGGAAUUGGUGCAGUGUCAGGUAGCAUCUACGAUACCGCUUGGGUGUCAAUGGUAAAGAAACCGGUGACAGGUCGUGAGACGGCUUGGGCUUUCAUUGAAUGUUUCAAGUUUCUAUCAGAAGCCCAGUGUGAGGAUGGCGGAUGGGAUGCAGAUGCGGUACUUUUUGACCGUAUUGCCUGUACACUUGCUGGUCUCCUGGCGCUCAAAAAACACCUGAACGAAGAGAAGGAUCACACGAGUCGUCAAACAUUGGACAAGAAAAUAUCUAGGGCUACACAUUUUCUGCGUCAAGCUCUUCCUAAAUUACCAGCUGCAGUCGCAUAUGAGCUUCCGAUCGGCGCUGAACUGUGGCUACCAAAAAUGUUGGAGCUUAUUGAGGAAGAAGGCAUCCAUCUCGACAAUGCAGCCGUGCUCGCUUGGAUUUUGCCAGCUCGGGACAAGAGGAUUUCCCGAUUCCCGAUAGAAAGUCUUUAUGAAAAGGGAUUUACUUCCGUUGCACACUCCCUGGAGGGGCUUAUUGGGUACGCAGACUUUAACCGGGUCUCUAUGCUCAAAACAUGUGGCAGCAUGAUGGGCUCUCCGUCAGCAACGGCCGCGUAUCUCAUUCACAGCGAGAAUUGGGAUGCAGAUGCAGAGGCAUAUAUCCGCCGUGCGCUCAAUUCUCCGCAUGCGGGUCAAAAUGGCGGCGUGCCUUCAACAUAUCCGACGACUGCGUUUGAAUCCUCAUGGGAUGAGGUAGUCGGAUUUGAAAAGUGUGUUCGGUUCUUGUGUCAUGCGUGGUGGGAGUCGGAUGGCUUUCUUCAAGAUAAAUGGAACAUAUCUCCCUACUAUCCCGUUAUGUUAACAUGUGAAGGAAUAGUGGACUAUAUACACAAAUGGGACAGCGACGCUUUUGCUACAUCCAGCAGCACUGGCCUUGAUGCCCGAGUUCCUCUGGUUGUUCACCAAGCGUUGACUAAGCUCCUCCGAACCCAGAAUGCUGACGGAUCCUGGGGACCGCGAUCCAGCCUUGAAGAGACGUCGUAUGCAACAUUGGCCAUAAAGAGACUCCUGACACUACCUUUCAGAGGUGAGCUGCGAGAUGCAUCCUUAACUGCCAUUGAACAAGCAGAGUCGUACCUACGAUACACAUACAGUCGUGGUUACAUUUCAAUCAGAGAACGGCUCUGGAUUGACAAAACCCUUUAUAGCAUUGAAACAGUUUCAAGGUCUUAUAUCAUCUCCGCGACGCUAGCGCCGACGCCCAAUAUCCAAGCCAGUGAGACAUUGGGCGGUCUGUUCAACACCCCAAGAUCUGUCAUCCAGAAGCAAGGAAACUUUCUGCGGACCCUCCCGUCAUUUUCCCACAUCCCGAGUUGGGUACUCGAGGCUUCCGUACGCGAGGGCUACAUGAUAAUCGAUGAGCUACGCGAAAUUGACUUCUUUUCACAACGGGCCAAACCCAGCGAAGAAUACCUCCUCUAUUGUGCGUCUUGUUUCGUGGCGAGCAACUACAAAGGUUCAUACUUCCUGAGUACAGGCUAUCUCUUGAUGGUACUUCGGAUCACAGUAGCGACAUACCAGCUUGACACGUUCGUGGACCACCAGGUGAUUAACUUUUCGUCGCUAGAGCUAGAUGAAUUAGAGGAUUUCAUACAGAAGAAAUUGCAUACCGGAAGGUGUUUGUCCACUGGACCUGAUGCAACCCAUGAACUCAAUGAGAGCAAUGGAGAACAGCACGCAAGAGUAAAGGAGGCAAAAGCAAUGUUCCUGUCCUUUAUGAACUUUGUGCUCACCGAUACCACCGACCCCGUGAGCACUUACAACAAGUGGAACCUGCGCAGUGAGCUGAGAUCUGCCUUACUCGCCCAGAUUGGCCAUAUUAGAAGUUCCAAGGGCCUAGUACAUGAGGGAGUGGACCUCCUCCAUGACCAAACCAGAAAGACAACCUUCUUUUCAUGGCUACGAGGGCCUGCCUCAGACAAUGUACUCUACCCUGUCAUCCUCAAAUAUAUGGUUUUCCACAUGGCAUUGAGUCAAGUGCAGCAAGAUGAUGAUGUGUUCCGUACCCCAGAAGAACAAUACAUCGUUGGAGAUUUCUGCAGGCAUGCUGCUGCUGAGGUCCGGCUCUGGAAUGACUAUGGCAGCAUUGAGAGAGAUAAAGCUGAGGGGGUUUAAAAUUCAAUCGAUGUUUUGAACUUAUCAUGUUCAUGCUCUUCAGCUAACGGGAUCACGGGCGACAAAUCUGACAGACCUUGCAAGGUCGUAUCUCUCAAGAAGAUGGCACAUUACGAAAACAGACAGGUUCGACUUUGUUUAGAGCAGCUGGAGACGCUGUUGCAAGAAAAUGAUGCAUAUCGAGCGUUUAGUAUAAUGUCACGGCUCCAUAUGCAUGCGACGGUGACUCAAGUGUGG